GGAGGAAAUGGCAGACGCUAAAACAAGUUAGGAUGUUAAAGUCAGUGCUCUUGUGCUCAUUGUUUUUAUUGUGUCUACAAAAUGAAAAUACAGGUCGCCACAAAAGACAAGUUUCUCCUUCAUCAGUGGUCAGUUUACCAGGAGACAUAAAGAUCAUCCGAAGAAGCAAUGUACCGAAUCAUGGUGUAUGUGCAAAGUUAUGCACGGAAGAAAAAUUGAUUAAAUGUCAAUAUUUUAAAUAUCAGGAGGAAAAGAAAAUGUGUUUUCUAUCUGAUCGAGACCAACCGAAUAUUGCCGUAGAUGUUACUCCACAAAAUACAACAACCUCCACCACUACAGGACCUAAUGUCGAGGAACAACAGAAACAUAAAUUAACUGAAAUUGCUGAACUUUUGUUCAAAAUAAAGAACGCCUCUCAAAAGCCAACACCAAAAGUUGCUGGUGCAGAACAAGUUUCGACAAAAAAAUUAACCAAACAUAGCGAUAAAGGCCAGAAAAAAGCGAAAUAUACGAAGGGAAACAUAGCGAAUCUAAAGAAAAAUCUAGAAAACACUCAGAGUUUACGCGACAAAAUCCAUCUCAUUAGUAAAAGUGUGCUGGGAAACUUUACAAAGAUAAAGGAAAUGCAAAUACGAUCAUUACUGCAUUUUAACAAAAGAAUGCGUAAUAUUCACGAAGAAUUGCUUCAGACUACUAAAGAAAUAGACAAAAUAAAAAAGUCGAUGGAUGAAUUGAAACAAAAGAGUUCUGAUAAAAAUGUUCAGGAAAGCAUAGCAUUUUUACAGAAAAGUCGGGAGAAGUUUGAUACCACUCUGAAAAAAUUAGAGGAAAGGAGCGCUAAACUUCACAGCGACCUGGCAUUGUUUCAUCGGUUAACAACAAUAAUUGCCAAAAAGGUGGAUGCCCUGAAAGAUAAGCCAAAGAAUGAUCCAAACAUGCAAAGGUUUCAAGCAGUAGCUGUCAAGUCAAUGGAAGAAUUAUCUCAUCACGGGAAGAAAAUUCAGAAGCGAAUUAGAAAUCUUGAACAAAACAUUAAACUCGUAGCUCAUGCCCUUGUCAUGUCACAGACCGAUGAAUCAAAAAGUAAAUCCAUGAUAGAAAACAUCAACAAAGAACUGACAAACCUGAGAAAGGCAGUUCAGGACAGCUACAUGUGGCACAAUGUGAAACAACUAGGUGGCAUUUAUGCAAAAGAGGAAGCCCCCAGCGCUUUAAAGAAGAUCAGUCAUCUACUUAGAAAUAUUAAUACAUACAUCGGACAACUCAAUAUAGUCAGUGUUCAAAGAUUACAGAGGAUGAACAGAAAAAUGAAUAAAUUUCUUUCAAAGACCUUAAAAGCAAUCUCAAAAAUGGAGAAGAGAAGAAAAAAAGUAGUGCGAAAACGAAUAGGAAAAAUGAAACAAGUUUUGAUAGAUUCCCUGAAAGCUUUGGCACAAUGGACUCAACAUGAAGAAAAGGAAGUGAAAAGUUUGAACAAGAAAAUGGACGACCUGGCACUAAAAACUUCGAGAUUUGCAGGCGGAAGAAAGGUUGCAGAGAAAAAUAACCAACAACUGAAAAUAAAGCUGAAUAAAAUAAAGAAAACAGAGAGAAAAAUGAUAAAAUCAUUGGCGAAUUUAGAAAAGUCAACCAAGGAAAAUUCUGCAAAAUUACAGGAAAAUUUAAAGCAUGCAAUGAAGAAGACAUUGAGCACGCAGGAUAAAAAGAUGAAGGAAAUAAAUGAAAAAAAGUUACAAACUGCCUUGACUGCCACUCGGAAAGUAAACAGGAGAAUGGAAAUAUUGAGACAAAAGGAAGACAAAAAGUUGAAAGAAGCAAAAGCAAAAAUGGACAAAAAAGUGAAAGUGGUAUGAAAAUAAAGGAAAAAGUCACCUUAUAAUGUAAUUUAUGGGGUGUUUUUUGAAAAAUUAUUCAGUUGAAAUGUCCCCAUUGAUAAAAUUAUGAAAUUGUGGUAGAUACUUUAGAAAUAAUAUUUGUACAAAACCAUAUUUAUAUGCAUGAAUACCUCAUUCUGACGAUAAAAUAAAAAUAAAAAAAAAACACUUGUGUCAAAGGACAUUGUUUAUCAAUAUUAGAAACAGCAGUUUAUGUAUCUUUAAAGGAAGCAAAAUAACAUACUCAUAACAAAUGUAAAAUAAUCUGUCUUCUACAACAUAUUCACUAUAAAAAUUUUAAUACCAUUAACGGAAAACUACUGGAUUGAAACUUCUAACUACUGCAUGGAAAUUUCAAGUAUGUUAAGCAUAUUGCAGAAAUUAACAAUAAAUAACUGGAUAAAUUAUUAAACAGUAACUUGAGUGUGCGCAAAUAGAUUUCUUGAAUUCAAAUGUACAAAUGUUAUGUGACCACUGGAAAUAUUGAGAAUAUAGAACAUCUCAUAUACUUGUAAAGACUCAUUUUUUUUUACAUGACUUAAGCUCAGUUGUAGGUUUCAAAAUCAGUUGGAAACAUAAAAAUUCGGAUUUUUUUAAUAGCAUGAAAAAAAUAAUCUCCUUGACUUUUUACAAACACAAGAUGAAGUGUAGACUAGCAAAGUUAUCUUGUACUAGGGAUUGUUUGUACAAUUAUUUCACUCGUUAUUAAAUACAAAUCAAUACAUGUAUAUUGCAGAAUGGUGACAUAAAUAAGUACUAAUUCAUAAAGUGUUCAAAAAGUUUGUAUAGAUUUGUAAGUUACAGUGUGUAUGUUGCCAACACUUGUGGACUGGGUGGGUUAGUAUGGGAGCAAUAUGAUCUCGAGUAAGGUGAAGAAUGGUGGCCUACCAUGCUAGCAUAGAAAUAUAUUGUACACUGUAAACGUUUCCAUGGUAUAUCUUAAUUUUGUUAUGAAUGUUGAUGUAAAAAUAUAUACCCUAUAUAUACCCUAUAUUGUUAUAUUAAGCUAGAAAAAAAUAUUUCA